UAUAUGCGCUCCUGCGGAACCUUUCUCCCUCUCUGAGACACAGGAAGCGCAGUAAAUUUGUGUCGCACCGGCCGGAUCUGGGCUUCCGAAGUCACAUUGAAGCCGAAGACUCCGGUCACAGUAAUAAUAGGACAAGUGACCAGUCAACCCAUUCCUGAUGACUUUAUUUGGAUGAUCAUUAACAAUGUUUACUUCAAAGGUCAUCCCUCGUCUCAGUCUAUUACGUAGAGUAACUUGUGCAUUUCAGACCCAUGGAGACAUUUUGAAUGGAUGUGUACAACCAGCCGUCCCUGCUUACUGCUUUUCACCAGAACAGAAACUGAGAAACUACUCAACAACAGCAGACAGCACACCUCCCCCUCGAUGGAUGCAGCUUGAGCCAGAACUGGACGAGGCUCUUGUGCCACGUAAACUGUCAGUAAGUCCUCUGGAGAGCUGGCUCUCCCUGCGCUACUCCCUUCCUCCGCUGCUGGAGUCCGCUCUGCCACAGGAGGACGUAGAGCUGCUGGAAGAGAAGGUGCUGCCGCCCAUCUCCGUCCCUGUUUUGGAGGAUGAGAGGGGCCUGGCAACACCCCUUAGAUGUAAGAAUGUUCUGAAGAUAAGACGGCGGAAGAUGAACCGGCAUAAAUAUAAGAAGCUGCAAAAACGGAUUAAAUUCUUGAAAAGGAGAGUGCUGGAGGGCAGGGGGAGGAAAAAACAGAAACGAUUUGAGGAGGAUCUAAAGAGGAUUUGGACACGAGCUGGACUGAAGAAGGCCCCAGAGGGAUGGAGUGCACCUAAGAUCUUCAUUAAACAGCAUGGAAACAAAAGGCAGUGAGAAACAGUGACGGUGGUUUGAGAUGGUGUCACAUCCCUCAGACUGGGUGGUUCCCUUCAACACGCUUCACAGUUAAAACAGUCAGCCUGCUCUCUGUGUUUUGCAGCUUAAUUGAAGCAUGUUUCACUGAUGAGGACAUAUUCCGUACGAAGAUGGUAUAUACCAUUAUUUUUAACCACGUGUACAUAAUCUAAUAAAGAUCUUUCUCUGUCAAGCCCAAA